UUUCCCUGCCCUUGUGCCGUGCUCGUCCACAUACGUGUGUCCUGUCUGCCGUGCUACUCUCCCUUCUCCUGCCCCAUUCCUGUCCUGUUCUCUGCUAUCAAGGGUGGCACCGAAGUCGUUUCCACACAGUUCCGCGCCAUAAAGCGAUAUUCGCUUCUGCUUCUCUAAUAACCGCCCAGUUCACCGCACCCGGAUAUUCUCUUUCGUCUCUCAUGGCUUACGCAGGCCUCGGGGCUCUCCAAAUGUUCAACGGCUUCAACGGCAACCAGCCCAUGCCACCCAGCGAGGCCGAGCUCGCAACCCAAGCCCUCAAUGAGGAGUCUCUCUACCGCUUCCCGUCUUUCGACUCCGAUGCGGCCGUCAUGCUAGGUCUCUCUCUGCGUAAACGCUUCCGUUCGUCUUCAAGACACGUAAAGGUCCGCGGCAUGGUCAUCUCAAUACAGACCAUCGCCGGCCACACUCUCUUCUCGUGUACAGUUGGCAACUUGGGCGGCCUGGACGGCGCCGGUGACGUCAGCCUAGAUAGCUGGGCGUGUUUGGAGGGAAUGAUCUCGGUCGUACGGAGAACAGGGCAUUCUAGCUACUAUGUGGAGAAGGGUAUGAACGCUAUGGGUAAAUCACAAAAACAGUUGGGCGUACAGCCCGACCUCAAAAUAUGCGGGGGAGCAUUUCCAAUAUGGCUGGAGAAUGCACCAUGCUGUCCCAUCGCUGUCGUAGCCUGCUAUUCCGGGUCUAGUCAAGACGAUCACCAUCUGGUUGUGACCUCCGUCCGCGACUAUCUCAAGAAACUCGUCCGGGACAACCCACCCCCACCGGCACCUUCGACGAUGGCGACGUCGAUGGGUACCUCCAUGGGUACGUCGAUGGGCACGAGCGCGCUCGGGCAGAGCAUCCCGACCAUCAUGUCCACCAGCAUGGCGCACCAGCACACGGGCCACACCCACGCCCACUCGCAUACGGGCCGCCCUCCAAGCACGGAGUGGGUACGCGACCCGGCAUCGAGAGGGAUCCAGCAUCUGCACGACGAACACGACGAGUAUCAUGACCAUAGCGGAGAGCUGGAGUACAGGGAUUGAGGGAGGUCAUUGAAUCUUCGGGAUGGUGGCUGACGCGGCUUGGGCCUCCUUCAUGCACCAUGUUGUUCAAGGGAAACUCGUAGAUUGAAGCAGGAAGCCUACGCUACAUAUGCGCGAGCACACGCGCGCCUGGAUGUCAUAUAGCCAACAGUGUCAGUCGUCGAGGCGAGCAAUGUCAUGCAGCUGUGAUGUUAGGCUCUCGCGAUGGUGGUGAGGAAGGCGGUCGACCAAGCUCGACUCGGCCGUCGUUCGGUUGGCCACAGAUCACAGACUAUUGAGAGGAGUCAGGAUGCGCUUUUUUCUCUCUAGACAGUCUUGUUUUCUCCACAAUGCUCGAUUCCUCGUCCGACCCUCAACCUCCCCGCCUCGAUGGACCGCCUCACCCCAUGACCACGAUCACGAGUGUGGACAGGAGCACAAGCACGCAUAUGAGCAGAUCGUACUAGAUUAAGCCCACGCUGCACUGGACCGCG